AUUCACUCUCAUUCAGCAGCCAGUUCUUUUCUACUUCUAGCCCUUCCCCUCACUCUACUCUGACUUCAGAUCUGCUGGAUCCUUGGUUUGGGGCUCCCUCAACAGCGAACCCACCCCAUCUGGCUGACCUGCCGACUUCGGACCCUUUAUCCCUAUCUUGAUCAGGCACUUUCUCCCUCACAGUAAGUUUAGGUUAUAAGAAUGGGAACAAUGGACCAUUUUUGUGACUUUCUUCACACUAACCCGAAGGAGAAAGGCAUUCCUUAAUCUUUAAGGACGGAGAUUAUGAAAUGCUUAGCAAAUUUUUCUGUACCUGAAGGUUCUGGUCAGCAUCUGGUUUUGCUUAUGACUGGAGAAGCCUAACUACGAAGCUGUCUUACUACAAACAUUACUGAGAAUCAUCCCAGGUGCCUCAUUGUAACGAUGAUUCAGCUGACAGCUACACCGGCAAGUGCACUUGUUGAUGAACCCGUGCACAUUCAUGCUACUGGCCUGUCUCCCUUUCAAGUAGUGAUUCUUCAGGCCUCCCUGGCAGAUGAGAACGGGAACCUAUUUCAUUCUCAAGCCUACUAUAAGGCCAAUGAAGCUGGGGAGGUAGACCUGCAGCAGGCCCCUUCGCUGGGAGGUGACUACAUCGGAGUCCACCCUAUGGGUCUCUUCUGGUCCCUGAAACCUGAAAAAUUUUUAAUGAAAUUGGUGAAAAGAGAUGUGAUGAAUAGCCCCUUCCUGGUCCAAAUAAAACUUUAUGAUUCAAAUUUGGAAUUAACCGAUAUCGCCACCACUGCUCCAAAAGUCAGCCUGACUUUGGAGAGGUGGUAUGUAGCACCUGGUGUCAAACGGAUCCAAGUUCGGGAAGGCCACCUUCGGGGAGCCCUCUUCCUCCCUCCUGGAGAGGGCUGUUUCCCAGGGAUAAUUGACUUGUUUGGUGGUAUUGGUGGACUGAUUGAGUACCGGGCCAGUCUCCUGGCCAGUCGUGGCUUUGCCUCCUUAGCCUUGGCUUACUUUAACUAUGAAGAUUUGCCUGCCCAACCAGAAAAGACAGAAUUAGAUUAUUUUGAGGAAGCUGUCAACUUUCUCCUGAGACAUCCUAAGGUCCUCGGCCCAGGCAUUGGCAUAGUUUCCAUAAGCAAAGGUGCAGAGAUUGGACUCUCUAUGGCUAUUCACCUAAAACAAGUCACAGCUACUGUGCUUAUUAAUGGGCCCAACUUCAUAUUGAGAAUCCCACAGGUAUAUCAUGGUCAGAUAAGUAAGCCCUUAGCCUUCUCUCCACAAUCGCUGUUCAUCAAUGCCUUGGGGUUAGCAGAGUUCCAGCACAGCUUUGAGGAAGCUAGAUGUGAAGCCAGUGAGACUUCUCUUCUCCCCAUUGAAAAGGCCCAGGGACAUUUCCUUUUCAUUGUGGGAGAAGAUGAUAAGAAUCUCAACAGCAAAGUGUAUGCUGAGCGAGCCACCCAACAGCUGAGCAGAUACAGGAAGAACAACUGGACCCUGCUAUCUUACCCUGGGGCAGGCCACCUGUUAGAGCCUCCCUAUUCCCCACUGUGCUGUGCCUCAAAGAUCUCCAGUCUUUACCUGUCCAUUCACUGGGGUGGAGAGACGACCCCACAUGCCGCUGCCCAGGAACAUUCUUGGAAGGAGAUCCAGAAGUUUCUCAGGAAGCAUCUUGUUCCAGUUGUGACCAGUCAACUCUGAGAAGAUAUUCUUGAGGAACAGAGCAGCAAUACUUCACUUGAUCAAUCAAUCAAUACUUCACUUGAUUUUCAUGGAGCAACAUCUUUGAUUUCUUAUUGUGGGAGGUUAUACUAAGAGAAAGCAGGAAGGUGACUGACAAUGGUCAUUUCUUGACUUUGGAAAGGGAGAACGGUUUCUGUUUAAUCCAAUAUCAUACAUGGAGAGUUUUAUAUUUUAAAAAGUACAUUUAGGAAAAAAAAAUACAUUUAGGGCUCUACCUGCCCUAAAA